UUUUGUUUUUUAAUUGCCAAAGUCUAAUAAACAGGGAAGACUGUCAUGCUUAUGCAUGAGUCAGAAUUUAGUCAAAUAAAAAAAUUUUGGUCAUUUGGUUAAAAAAAAAAAAAAAAAAGAGUAGCUUCAACAAGGUUCUAUAGAUCUCCAGACGUAGGACUCAGGCCCCUACAGGCACGCACACAGGAGCCUUUAUGGGGCUUCAGAAAAGGCUGCCGCCGCCUCCCUUUCACCUGCGUCCUAGGGUCCUCCUCGGCUAGACUUUGCCUCGUCAAGUUUCUGCCCCCUCCUUGCUCGGGUCCGCCGAGUGGGAAGGGACGAGCGAUGGAUUCCAGGCUCUGGUGUCACAGGGCUGGUCCCCACCCGUGCGCCCUGCCCCCUCCACGGCCUGCUCGGACCCUCCGCGCUCCUAGCCGGCGCAGCUCGCUCCGCGGACGCCCAGCAGCGCGCCCCCGUCCGGAGGUCGGGAGCGCAGCGCGGCCUCCGCUUCCUGCUUCUCGGGGUGGGGCUGCGAGCGCUUUCGCUUUUCGUUCCUCUGCAGCCGGCCCCGGAGCACACGCGGGCACGCCGUUUCACCUGUGGCAUUUCCGUCCAAGCGGUUCUCUGCUUUCUGGGAGGAUCCAGCCCAGCGCCGGGAACCUGGAAAGGGCGGGAGCCCAUGGCGAAGCCAGCGCCCAGGACGUUCACUGUGAGCAGAGCCUUGGAAAAGGCACUUCUCCAGCACUUCAUAGUCCAAAAGCUUGAGAUUGCCUAUGCCAUAAGCAAGCCAUUUCCCUUCUUGGAAUUGCUCCGAGACAAGGCCUUCAUCAGUGAGCAGAUGUACUGGGACUCUCUGGAAGCUUGUAGAAAUUUAGUUCCUGUAUGCAGAGUGGUGCACAACAUUCUCACCAGACUGGAGAAGACUUUUAACCUGUCGCUUCUGGUGACACUGUUCAGCCAGAUUAGCCUAUGUGAAUACCCUAAUCUGAGGACAAUUCUCAGAAGCUUCAUAAAUGUCGGCACCGCCUAUGGAGAGUGGAGCAGAACCACGCUGAUCCCACUCAAAGUUCUUGCUGACCCAGAAGAGAGCUCCUUCCAGAUCCUGCGGCAGCUGCCCCCACCGCAGCUGCCUUCACCAAGUCAUCUGUCCUGUGCGCCUGCGGUCAAUGAGGCCAAAGCAUCCUUGCAGCACAUCAGUGAGAGCCUAGACAGACCACCCAGCCCUUCCACUCCUGCUGGGCCACUUCCUGGACUCAUCCUGGGAGAAGGAAGUACUCCAGUGGCCAAUGACAAUGUCAUAUCUAAAACAAAGAAGGAAGAAGAUUCACAAGAGACAUGCAGCCUUUCCACUGGCACAGUGCAAGUAAUAAAAGAUGCUUCUUCAGAACCCAAUGACCAAGAAGAGCCCCAAGAAGCACCCAGCACAUCUCAGAAAAAGAAAGGAAAGAAAAGGAGGACGUGUAUCUGGUCAACUCCAAGGAAAAAUAGGAAAAAACAUCCCCCAAGAGGGGCAACCCCACCUGGGCACAGAGUCCAGGAGAAGCUCCAAGUGGUGGCAAAGAGGAAAGACAAACCAGCCCGCAACUCCAAGCUGGUCUCAAGGGUCUACAACACGAGGGCAAAGCGUGCCCAGAUGUCCAAAUCCGAGGAAACAAAGAAAGGAAAGGAGCCCCAGGAGAAGCGUGGCGCACCACCCAGGAUCGUGCAUUGUAAAGACCCUACGCGUAAGGGAAAUAAACUCUCCGGAGGAAACUCUCCUCAGAGAAAGCAAUUCCUGGGAAGAAAGCACAUAAGAGGAAAAGGCAGUGAAGGUGGAGUAAGGUCCGAUUGUUUUCUCCUUGCAGAAAAGCCCAAAGAGAACACCGUGGACUUCCUCUCCCCUAUGCUUCCUGUGAUCUGUGGUGAGGCAAAGGGGAUUUUAUACAAGGAGAAAAUGAAACAAGGAGGAGCCUCAGAGAAGAGCAUUCAGAAUGAGAAGGGAGCAUGGCUCUCACCAAAAGAAUUCACAGUUGAAGGAAAAAGGGAAAGAUCAAAAGACUGGAAGAGAAGUGUGUGCUGCGGAGGGAAGACCCUAAGGCAGCUGAUGGAGAUUGGAAUUUUGCUUUGUCCUCCAAUAAAAAAACCUCAAGUGAAAAAUACGCAGCAGCUGAAUUCCCCCUGCCUUCUCCGUCAGCCAAGGGGCCAGUCACAUCUGGUUACAGCAUCUUCAUCGAGACUACGUCCACGUGCACAUGCCCGUUUCCAUGGUGACAUAAACAGCUCUCUAAAAUAAAAGUCAAGACAAAAUCUCA